UGAGAGCCUUUCUUUCUUUAUUUCCUUUUUUUUUUUUUAGUUUACAAAAAUCGAAAAAAAAAGUGUUGAGAAUCGAAUCGAAUCGAUCGCCAAAGAAAUUUCGAUGGAUGGUGAUGAAGAUUUCUACAGCGGCAACGAAUGCGCCGACAACGACUCCGAUUACGCCGAUAGCGUGGAUGCCGAUUACGAGUUCGUGGAAGAUGACGUUGAUGAUUCUGAUGACCUCGUCUUCCGCCGCCGCCAGCAAAACUAUAGUGUGUUAAGCGAGGAGGAUAUAUGUAAGCUUCAAGAAGAAGACAUCUCGAGGGUUUCUUCUGUUUUGUCCAUUUCAACUAUCUCUUCUGCUAUCCUCCUUCGUCACUACAACUGGUGUGUUAGCAGAGUUCAUGAUGAAUGGUUUGCUGACGAAGAAAAAGUCCGACAUGCGGUUGGCUUGUUGGACAAACCUCUUGUUCAUUUCCCAUCUGAUGCUGAAGCCGAACUUACCUGUGGUAUUUGUUUUGAGACUUACCUUUCUGAUAAAUUGCACGCUGCUGCUUGUGGUCACCCUUUUUGCGAUUCGUGCUGGGAAGGUUAUAUCUCCACGGCGAUUAAUGAUGGUCCAGGGUGUCUUAUGUUACGAUGCCCGGAUCCUUCUUGCAAUGCUGCUAUUGGUCAGGAUAUGAUCAAUGCGUUAGCUCCUGAGAAAGAUAGACAGAAGUACACAAGUUAUUUUGUUAGAUCAUACGUUGAAGACAAUAGAAAGACCAAGUGGUGUCCUGCUCCAGGCUGUGACUACGCUGUAAACUUUGUUGUUGGGAGUGGUAAUUAUGAUGUGAAUUGUCGAUGUUGUUACAGUUUCUGCUGGAAUUGUGCUGAAGAAGCUCACCGUCCUGUAGAUUGUGACACCGUAUCUAAGUGGAUCAUGAAGAAUAGCGCUGAAUCUGAGAACAUGAAUUGGAUUUUGGCAAAUUCGAAGCCCUGUCCAAAAUGUAAACGGCCAAUAGAGAAGAACCAGGGUUGUAUGCAUAUUACAUGUACCCCGCCAUGUAAAUAUGAGUUCUGCUGGCUCUGUCUGGGAGCAUGGACAGAGCAUGGUGAAAAGACAGGUGGCUUUUAUGCUUGUAACCGUUAUGAUGCAGCAAAGCAAGACGGCAUUUAUGAUGAGACUGAGAAACGCCGAGAGAUGGCAAAAAAUUCUCUUGAGAGAUAUACCCACUACUAUGAAAGAUGGGCAACCAAUCAAUCGUCUAGGCAAAAGGCGCUGGCGGAUCUUAAGAAGAUGCAAACAGAUGAUAUAGAGAAGCUUAGUGACAUACAGUGUCAGCCUGAAUCACAACUGAAGUUCAUUAUAGAAGCGUGGUUACAGAUAGUCGAAUGCAGACGAGUUCUUAAAUGGACAUAUGCUUAUGGUUUUUACAUACCUGACCAUGAGCAUGGAAAGAGAGAGUUUUUCGAGUACUUACAAGGCGAAGCUGAGUCGGGCCUUGAACGACUUCAUCAGUGUGCUGAAAAAGAACUGAAGUUGUACUUUGAAGCCAAAGGUCCAUCGGAAGAUUUUAAUGAGUUCCGCACAAAACUCGCUGGUUUAACAAGUGUCACCAAAAACUAUUUCGAGAACUUAGUUAGAGCGCUGGAGAAUGGGUUACCGGAUGUGAACUCGCAUGGUGCAUAUGGUCGAGCGGCAAGUUCAAAGAAUAAGGGAUCCACUUCUCGAGCCAGCAGCUCGGAUUCAGGAGGCCAAUGGGCUUGUGAACGUUGCACUCUUGUAAAUCCAAAGUCGGUCACCAUUUGCCAAAUUUGUGAACAUGGCCGGUGAAUGAAAGGAUGCCAGCAAGAAAUCUUCUUGCUUGCAUUAAAA